UUCACCAGAGCUGAAUUUAGACAGCUCCUCAGGAGUGAGCAAGGAGUGUACACCACAGACGACUGCAGACGAUUGGGAAUCGCAACAUUGGCGAGUUUUGAGGGGGGAAUACACUGACAAUCUGGGGGUUUAGCAACCAGGGAGUCCACAAUGACUUGGGGAACGGAGCUUUGGGACCAGUUUGAAAACCUUGACAAGCAUACUCAAUGGGGGAUCGACUUCCUAGAGAGGUAUGCAAAGUUUGUCAAGGAAAGGCUGGAGAUCGAACAGACAUAUGCAAAACAGUUAAGGAACCUGGUGAAGAAGUACUGUCCCAAGCGCUCCAAAGAGGAGGAACCUAGGUUCUCGUCGUGCCUGUCGUUCUACUCCAUCCUGAAUGAGCUGAAUGACUACGCUGGGCAGAGGGAGGUAGUGGCCGAGGAGAUGGGACACAAUGUGUACGGAGAGCUGAUGAGGUAUUCACAGGACCUCAAGUCAGAGAGGAAACACCACCUCCAGGAGGGCAGGAAGGCUCAGCAGUAUCUGGACCAGUGUUGGAAACAUAUGGACAAUAGCAAGAAGAAGUUUGAGCGGGAGUGUAAGGAGGCAGAGAAAUCACAGAUCAGCUACGACAGGUUAGACAACGACAUCAACGCCACCAAGUCAGAGGUAGAAAAGGCAAAGUCCCAGUUGUACCUGCGCACACACUCUGCAGACGAGAGUAAGAAUGAGUACGCUGCUCAGCUGCAGAACUUUAACGGGGAGCAGUGGAAACAUUUCAACGUGGCCAUUCCACAGAUAUUCAAGAACCUGCAGGACAUGGACGAGAGGCGAACAGUGAAGCUGGGAGAGACGUACCGGAGCUUUGCCGACGUGGAGCGCAGAGUCAUCCCCAUCAUCUCUAAGUGUCUGGAGGGCAUGGUGACUGCUGCCAAGGCUGUGGACCAACGCAAGGACUCAGCGAUUGUAGUGGAGUCGUUUAAGUCGGGCUUUGAGCCUCCAGGGGACUUCCCGUUUGAGGACUACAGUCAGAACCUCUCCCGGACGGGCUCAGACAACACUAUCAGCACCCCCAAGAACGAGGGGGGGGUCAAGCCAGACCCCAAACACUCGAUCAGCAAGGCGGCCAAGAACAAACUGUGGCUCUUUGGGAAAAAGCCCAAGUCUCCCCCCUCCUCUCCUCCCCCUGCUCCCCACCGCCCCGACUUGGCUACCGCCAGCCACUGUCAGUCUCCUAAAUUUGCCAGUGACCCCAUAGCUUUCUGUCUGUCUGAAAUGAGAACGGUCAAACCCAGGAUAGCCUCUUUCAGGGGUCUUAAACGAGGGUGGUCAGUGAAGGCUCCAUCACUGGAGGACUUCAGUCAUCUGCCUCCCGAACAGAGACGCAAGAGGCUGCAGGCUAGGAUUGACGAGCUCAGCAAAGAACUACAGAAAGAGGUGGACCAAAGAGAUGCGCUGAACAAGAUGAAGGAUGUGUAUGAGAAGAAUCCUCAGAUGGGCGACCCACAGAGCCUCCAGCCCAAGAUCUCCGAGACCAUGUGCAACAUGGAGAAACUGCGCUCCGAGAUCCACAAGAAUGAGAGCUGGCUGUCGGAGGUGGAGGGGAAGGUGAGCACAAGAGGAGAUCGAAGACCCAGUGCCGACGUCAACCAUCACGCCUCCCACGGCAGAGAGAGCCCUGACGGCAGUUACACAGACGACCCCAGCCAGGAGCACCGCACUCCCCCUCACCAGCCAGACCCCCGACAGGCCCACCAGCCAGACGAGUUUGAUGAUGAGUUUGACGACGACGACCCGCUCCCAGUCCUUGGCCACUGCAAAGCGCUCUACUCCUUUGAUGGUCAGAAUGAGGGAACACUGUUGAUGAAGGAGGACGAGGUGCUGUACAUCAUCGAGGAGGACAAGGGCGACGGCUGGACGCGAGCCAGGAAGCAGAGCGGAGAGGAGGGCUACGUGCCCACGUCCUACGUGGAGAUCGCCAUGGAGAAGAACAGCAAAGGUGCGGUCACCUACAUCUGAUCUGACCACCUGCAUGGACUCCUCUCUUCCUCCUCUGGGGAGCGCUGGUCUGAACAGCAGCUUCUCUUUGUUCACUGUGUGAGCUCACGGACAAACAAACACUCCACAAUCCUGGUAUUAUAGUGACCCUACAGGAGCUCUGUAUCAAUGAAUUAAGCUAUGUGUGUCUGUAGGACAACAUAUCCAUAGCCAUGCUCUAUGGCAAGGGGACUCAUCACCCCUUAGGGCAGAUUGUGAUUUGUUGUUUUUAAUUCAUGUAUCUUUUGUUUUUAGAGGUAGAUGUUAAAAUGCUCUUCUGGUUUUAAGAUCUUUCUACUUUGGAUCGAAGUGGUUUGGGAAAUAGGAAAAGUGACUCUUACUGAUUUUACCCAUUGUAUUGUCUAUAUGUUAUCAGUCACCUGUUGUGAUUCUUGUAUGUUAAGUGCUCUGCUCCACCUAUUAAGACAUGAAUGCAGUAAUACGGUCCCGGUAAGGAGUGGCCUGGUCUAUGUGCCCACUAUGAUACUACGCUUUAAGAUAAUUGGACACUCCUUCUCUCUUUGUGUGUGUCUCACAACAAUGCUGCUCUCUGGUGGUCAGGGCUAUAUUACACCCAGGGGCAGGGUUCUUCAGUGUGUACUACUGUCCACUAUCUGUCUCUGUCCCAGUGGUGGGGGUCGGUACAGUAACUCCUCUCCUUUCUCUCUCCUGUUGGACUGCAGGUUCCUGAGUGGAGCAGUGUGGCGAGGUCUUUGGUGGAGGGUACAUGCUGAAUCUGGUGGAACUAGUGGGAGACAGGUCUUGUCUUGGGCGGGGAGGGGAGGGGGUUGGCAGGUUGCAUGUUUGCAUGCACACAUCCAUGGCCAUUAACAUCAUUCCAUAGCAGCAGAGAUUCCUGAGGUAGUAGCUGUGCCUCUAUAGGAAGGGACUGUUAUUCUAAACUGUCUGUCUAUACACAGCACAGAGUAACCAAUCCACUGCAGCAUACCAGCAAGAAUCAGGGACCAGGGAGGGGGCUUAUAGUUAGCGACUUACAACAUCAUCAUUUAUAAUGAGAGAGAAGCAAUUAAUACACUACUACUACUACUACUACUACUACUACACUAUGACGCACCUCUUAAUGUUGUGUUUCUGCUCUUCAGGCGACGUCCAGCACUAACAGCCUGCCUUGUUGUUGCAUUGUUACAUUCUCAUUCCAAUGUUGUGAAUGCCUGCCAGACUGCGCUGCUCUCCUGUGGUCGCCUUACCUUAACGUGCUUCAGCAUGUCCGUAAUAUGAACUGUCAUUACGUCAAACAGGACUGGUCAUGAUGAAUGCAGUGGAUUGGCUGUAACUCUGUGGUUGCCCCCGCCGCCCAUUCGUUCACUUCUAAUCUUCCUGUGUGUCUCCUUCAUUCAUCCAUGAUUUUUGUUUAUUUUAUCUCUCCGUUUCUUUUAUUUCUGUUUUGAUCGAAACAUUCCCAUCAUGCUGUGCGUGUGUUGAACAUCACCUCUGUCAUGCUGUUGUUCAGUAACUCGUGUGGCCCCACAUGGCCACUCAGAUCAGAGUAGGAGCAGUACUACUCUAGAAACAGCAUGCCUGCCCUUCACCCUACCUCUUCAUCCCCUCCUCCCUGCACCAGCACCUCAGACCAGAGGAAGGCUGGAGCGGCAGUGCAGUGACAUCAGCAUGCCAGCAGAGGGCUCUCCUCCAUAACCAUUCAGUCGCCACACAGCAGCUCAGGCUCAGGCCAGGAAACCUGGAGGCUGAGCUGAGACAAAUUACAGGCCAUCCACCCGCAAUUCAACAACAACAACUCUCCAACUCUCCUUGCAGUCUCUGCCUUAAUACUAACUCUGAGAGUGGGGAUGGACCUGCUGAUUGCUCUUCCAUCACUCUCUGCUACACACAAGGGCUCCAACCGACAAAGUCUACGCUGGCUUGCUGUGGUGCUCCUUUGGGCCCCACCCAGACCCCUGCCGCGUCUCUUCUCCUCUGUCUCACAGGAGCGUCCUGGGGCCUUGCUGCGUGCGGUCUCCACGUGAAAGAGUGUUGCAUUCCCAUAACGUUCCUCUUUCAAGCGCAUAUUAUAAUUGUGAAUGUGAUUAUACAUAUAUAAACAUGUGUAUGCAUAUUAAUGUGGGUGUAUACAUAUAUGUAGUUAGUUUUAUUACUAAAUUGUAUGUAUUAACAUCUCUUUUAUUUCAUACUGAAUGUGUUUUUAUCGUGACUUUUUAUAGGGUUUUUAAUCAGACGAAUGACUCUCUUUUCAGAAUCGUGCCGUUAGCUCAAAGUAACCAUGCGUUGUUUGUCAGAACAACCUUCUGAAUAGGAACAUGGUCUUCACUGAUGCACUUUUGCCCUAUAGCAUUUGAAUUGAAUAUCAAUGAAUAAAUGAAUGAAUGAAAUGGA